UUUUUCAGUGUAUUCAUUUUGAAAUGUUGGUUGCCUAUCCUGUUCUAAUCGUCAUUUAAUUUUAAUUUAACCAAUCAGAGCAAUCCACAUGUUUUGAGAUGGUCGUCGUCAAUUCGUGAGCUAUUCAGCAUUAAUAUAAAACUUUCGUAAUUUAGUAAUUUAUUGUGUGAUAUGUGAGGUGAUUUUUAAUAACAAUGAAAGUGAACUGUUGGCCAAUUUUAACGUUGUUGUUAUUUAUUUCAUUAACUGCCGUUUUAGCCGGUAGAGACUUUUACAAAAUAUUAGGGGUUUCAAAAUCAGCAAGUUUACAUGAAAUCAAAAAGGCAUAUCGUAGGUUAGCCAAAGAACUGCAUCCAGAUAAGAACAAGGAAGAUCCUGAAGCGUCACAGAAAUUUCAAGACUUGGGCGCUGCCUACGAAGUGCUUUCUGAUGAUGAGAAACGAAAAAAGUAUGAUCGGUGUGGCGAAGACUGCCUUCAGCGCGACGGAAUGAUGGACAGCAGUAUGGAUCCUUUUGCUAGCUUUUUUGGAGACUUUGGAUUUCAUUUUGGUGGCGGUGAACAAAAACAUGAAACCCCCAGAGGCGCUGACGUGAUUAUGGACGUAGCCGUCACUUUGGAAGAUUUAUACACCGGAACUUUUAUUGAAAUAACAAGAAAUAAACCUGUGAUGAAAGCAGCUAAAGGUACACGCAAGUGUAAUUGCAGACAAGAAAUGAUUACAAGAAAUUUGGGGCCCGGGAGAUUCCAAAUGAUGCAACAAACAGUUUGUGAUGAAUGUCCUAAUGUUAAACUAGUCAAUGAAGAACGAAUUCUGGAAAUGGAAGUAGAGCCAGGAAUGGUAGAUGGACAGGAAACGCGGUUCACAGCAGAAGGUGAACCUCAUCUUGAUGGGGAUCCUGGUGAUUUAAUACUCAGGAUCAAGACACAACCUCAUCCUAUUUUUGAACGAAGGGGGGAUGAUCUUUAUACUAAUAUAACCAUUAGCCUGCAGGAUGCAUUAGUUGGCUUUACAAUGGAAUUACAACAUUUAGAUGGACACAUGGUUUCAAUAAGUAGAGAUAAGACAACAUGGCCCAAUGCCAGAAUCAGAAAGAAAGGAGAAGGCAUGCCUAAUUAUGACAAUAAUAAUCUGCAUGGUACAUUAUAUAUUACAUUUGAUGUUGAAUUUCCUAAACCAGAGCUUUCUGAGUCUGAUAAAGAAGCUAUAAAGAAGAUUUUAAAUCAAAGCUCAAACAACAAAGUAUACAAUGGACUUAGAGGAUUUUAAUUUAUAAAAUAGUCAUUUUUGUAAAUAAAUUACAAAGACUAGUAAGUGAGGUGUGCUUGUGUGUACAUGUGAGAUAAUUUAUUGCCUGUUUUGUUUUGUGUACAAAACCCAUACCUGUUCACUAGAAAUUUUUUCUACAGAAUUUACUUUUCUUUGUUGAGUUACUUAUGAAUUGUAUAGGACAAUUUUGUAAUAUAUUGUAUUUACCAUU